CGUUGGAGCUACGGUAUCAAACCGGACGUCACUGUUUAAAAGAUUGGCGGUCGGACACGGUGCUCUUAAAUGCCUGCUAUGAAUUUGAGUAAAUUAACAAAAAUAUCGUAGAUAUUGUACAUGUUUUAUAUACGAAGGCUAUAGCUGUCGAGAGAGGCAAGAAAGAUCAACCAAGCACACUUAAUCGUAGGUUUGCUAGCUACCGGUAACUAGUUAGCUGCUAGUCAUACACAUUUAGAUAAGUUACGUAUUUCUGGAGAAGCAGUCCGCUAAUGUCAGUGAGAAGGGCUCUGGUGGACUGUGUUGUGUUGUCUCUUCAGGACUCGUGUGUGUUAUACCCCUGUUGCAGAGGAUGCUUCUCCAGGAUGCAACAGACGGACACGGCCAGAUGGCACUGCUCCAGGUCUUGCUACAGUUGUCUGGAACCACACCUGGACUACAGGUACCGCCUGGCUCUAAGGGUCACCAGAGACAACACCAUAUUUGGGGUGACUGUGUUUGGGAGCUGUCUCAACCCCCUCUUUGGAGCCCCUGCCACCGACCUUCACAGGCUGGUGGAGGAGUCUUCCGGUCCAGUGGGAAGUGAAGGUCAGAGGUCAGGGUGUCGAAGCAGGCUGCUGGUUAAGGCCGUAGAGGACUGCUUCAUUGGAAGACAUUUUGUUUUUGGGAUCAAGAUAUCUGGCCCCCACCCCUACAGGAGAGAGGCAGGCCAGUUCAUCGCCAGUCAGAUCUCUCUGCCCAUGGCCUCUGUUCCAGGCUGCUCUGUAGUCAGUUACUACAGAACCCUCCUACAGCAAGCUGCUCUCUGCGCUGACUGGACAACUGAUCCUAGACCAGCCUCCAAGAGCCUCCUACAACAGGCCUCUGUGUGUAGAACUGAUCCUAGACCAGCUCCUCAGCCUAGCGCUGACACCAGUACAGCUCCUCUUCUGCUCCACCCUUCUCCUCUCCACAGCUUUGACUCUACACUGCCCUCCUGUGGCCGAUCCAUGUCACUGCAUUGCACCUUAACCCUCACCCCAACUCCGACCAACAUACACAAGGCACCCUGGCAACAGUCUCCGGGGGUGAUCACAUCGUCUGCAGAACAGGAGGAAGAUAUGGGGGGGGGGGAGGAUAAAGGCCUGAGUCAUGGGGAGGGGGGACACAGUAGGAACAGUAGUCAGAGGGAGGGGGGACACAGUAGGAACAGUAGCCAGGGUGAGGGGGGACACAGUAGGAACAGUAGCCAGGGUGAGGGGGGACACAGUAGGAACAGUAGCCAGGGUGAGGGGGGACACAGUAGGAACAGUAGCCAGGGUGAGGGGGGACACAGUAGGAACAGUAGCCAGGGUGAGGGGGGACACAGUAGGAACAGUAGCCAGGGUGAGGGGGGACACAGUAGGAACAGUAGCCAGGGUGAGGGGGGACACAGUAGGAACAGUAGCCAGGGGGAGGGGGGACACAGUAGCCAGGGGGAGGGGGGACACAGUAGGAACAGUAGCCAGGGUGAGGGGGGACACAGUAGGAACAGUAGCCAGGGGGAGGGGGGACACAGUAGGAACAGCUACUGGGAUGUUCUGUCCUCUUUCUGUGAAGGCUCUGACUCCCUUGUUCACCCCCCUGCCUCUCUCACGUGGACCGCUCCAACACAGUGUGGAUAUAUACGGACUGUGCCGUCCAGCCUCAGGAAGAGGAGUGUUUCAGACAUGGAGGAGGAGUACAGGUCAGUGUGUGAACAAACCUGUCGAUCUGACUUUGUGGCCUGGGAAGACCUGCCCUUCUCUGAGUGUCUGGGGGAGUUUAUCUGUGAUCCUGCAGAUACACAGACACCAACUGACCAUCAUGCCCAGACCAGCCCUGUGGGGAAAAACGUAUCCACUACUCUGACAGACACAGAGUCGAGCCCCACAUCACACAGAAGUCUACUGGACAUUACUAAUGUUGGACAGCAUGGAGGUCUCAGCCCUCGGUUACCCGGACACACAGCUGACCUGGGGGAAUAUAACUGUUCAGCAGACCACCGACACACACACACCCCGCACCGACACACAGCUGACCUGGGGGAGUAUAACUGUUCAGCAGACCUCUUCCACUGCUCUCAGACCAGCACGGACUCACACACACCCCGUACGGACACACACACACCCGGCCCGGACACACACACACCCCGCACAGACACACACACACCCCGCACGGACACACACACACCCCGCACGGACUCACACACACCCCGCACGGACACACACACACCAUGCACGGACACACACACACCCCGCACGGACACACACACACCCACCAUGGACACACCUUCAGAGUGUUGUGACUGUGUCCCUUUGUCCCAGUCCACCCCCAUCAUCAGGAAAACUGCUCCACCACAUACACUGCAGGUCAAAGCCCGGCGACACACACCUAAAGGACUCACACACACCAAGAGACCCAGAGAUAAUAUACUAGCUCUGCAGUGUCAGAGGUUCACGAGAAGAGUUCUGAAGAGAACACCUGGAGGGAGAAGGCCCGGUAGUAUGAGACUGUGUGAUGACGACAUGGUGAUCUCUCCCACUCAAAGACCCUGGUGCUCCAGAAGGACAGACAAACAGCAGGCUGGGGGAGAGAGAGAGAACAGAGGUAGAACCACAGGGGGAGAGAGAGAGAACAGAGGGAGAACCACAGGGGGAGAGAGAGAGAACAGGAGAUCUACACAUAUUCACCAGACACUGAGAGAGGGACAGACAGAGGGUUUAGCCAACCAGCAGCUCGAAGACAGCAGGUCUGUUAGCCCCUCCCUCCACGAGGAGAAUGAAGCGUGUGAUUGGUCCAGAGACCUGUUUACUGACUCUUUCUGAGGGCUCUUUCCUCCCCCUUCUCCAUGACGUGUGUCCUGGUCCACUCCUCGUCAAGGAUGUAAAAGAAUUGGAGCGACUUAUGAAAUAUGCAAUGUGACUAUAAUAAAAUGGAGGAACAAUGUCGUGAAUUUCAAAUGUCUAGUAUAAAGCUUUUUACAUUUUUCUAAAGCAUUGUACCUUAACCAAAGAACAGUGUCCUUGUCUACAUUUCAAGUGGCCAAUGGCUGUGAGAAGUUCUGUUCACACGAGGACAAUAAAAUCAAAUCUUGUAGAAUUGUAUCGAAGAGGAAGAGCGAGGCCCAACUGAAAAACUGUCGUGUGGUGUUUUUUUGUUGCCAUUUCGCCCACCAAGCAAGGAGUUUUUGUUGCCAUAUCGCCCACCAAGCAAGGAGUUUUUGUUGCCAUAUCGCCCACCAAGCAAGGAGUUUUUGUUGCCAUAUCGCC